CAUUUCGGCAAGCUUUGUUGUCUCUCUAUAAAAAGUAAGCCUCGGUGUACUUCAAAAUCCCAAAACAGAAGAAGAGUCACUGUGAACAAAUGGAGAAGAUUAAUCAAACUACUGCACCAAAAAAUAUUGAAUCAAUGGAAGAAAAAGAUUAUGAAGUUGAAGAGAAUAACUGUAAAAGCAAUGAGAUUGAGCUGAUGGCCAAACUCCGUCUCUUCAGAGUCGCUCUUGAAACACAACAAUUCUUUUCCAAGGAAAUAGAUGACAUGACACUGAGAAGAUUUCUCCGAGCUCGUGAUUUAGAUGUGAAGAAAGCUUCUGCUAUGUUCCUCAAGUACCUGAAAUGGAGAAAGGAUUUUGUUCCAAAUGGUUCAAUUUCCCCAUUAGAAAUACCAAAUGAAAUUGCACAAAAUAAAAUGUUUAUGCAAGGUUCUGAUAAGAGAGGACGUCCCGUUACUGUUCUCUUUGGAGCUAAACAUUUUCAAAAUAAAAAUCCUGAUGAAUUCAAGCGUUAUGUAGUCUGCGUCCUCGAUAAAUUAUGCGCCAGGGUUCCAGCAGGGCAGGAUAAAUUUGUCGUGAUCGGAGAUCUUAAGGGUUGGGGGUAUGCGAACUGCGAUAUCCAUGGAUACCUCGCAGCUCUCUGCAUUUUGCAGGACUACUUUCCUGAGAGACUAGGGAAAUUGUUCAUUGUGCAUGUUCCUUACAUUUUUAUGGCAGUCUGGAAACUAGUUUACCCUUUUAUCGACAACAACACCAGGAAGAAGAUAGUAUUUGUGGAGAACAAAAAGUUGAAAUCGACUCUCCUUGAAGAUAUUGACGAGUCCCAGAUCCCGGAAAUAUAUGGAGGGAAACUUCCAUUAGUUCCAAUCCUGACAAACGGCAAAUAAAGUACCUGGAGCUGGGGGAAGAAACAAAACAUUGCUCAAAACUGCAGAUCCUAAGGACAUAUAGUUUAUAUAUAAAUAAAUUAGAAUAAUCUAAAUUUUGGAUUAAACAUGAUUAUCUUGUAGGGUUUAUUUAGUAGUAAUACUAUGCAACCCAUUCUGAGAUCCUCCCCUAUUUUUAUCAUAUUAUCCGUGUGUGUAUAUAUGUAUAAAUAUAUUUCAAAUGGAUAAGUACAAAAAAUAUUUUUUUUUUAA